GCCAUUUUGGGAGCUCUGGCUGAGUCUUGCAGUGCGACGUUUCGCUUCAGCAGGCAAGAGCAUCCGUGUUGUCGGCAACAGAGCCGUGGCUCGUGCAUUGCGUCCUUCCUCUAACAGAAGCAGCCAGGUGCGAAGUGACUGUUGGGCGAAUGACGGAGUUAUAGUAACGCGUGCGCUGUUCUACCUGUACUGUUUAUGAUCGGAUUAGUGUGUUUUGAUUCGCUGUUUCAUGGUAGCAGAGCCUGGGGUCCUCGGAAACCUGUCGUGCAGCUGGGUCUUGAAGAUUUUGGUAGUGGAAGACGUCUAAAUCUGUUGUGAAUGAAUGGGUUUACAAACGUUAGUGUAGCUUGGGGUCUGACACCCAAAUGUUUCUCUGCUUGUGGAGACUACUUCAUCUUUGAAGCCAUUCUCAUCUGUACGGGCAGUUAGCUAGGUCUGCCUAUCACCAUGUUCUGGAAGUUCGAUUUAAACACAGCGUCGCACAUUGACAAGCUGCUGGACAAGGAGGAUGUAACACUGCAAGAAUUAAUGGAUGAAGAUGACAUUUUACAGGAAUGCAGAGCCCAGAAUCGUCGACUGUUGGAUUUUCUCUGUCAGGAGCACUGCAUGGAAGAACUGAUCAACCUCAUUACACGGGAGCCACCCACAAACCUGGAUGAGAAGAUACGCUUCAAAUAUCCCAACACUGCUUGUGAGCUGCUAACGUCUGAUGUCUCACAAGUAAAUGAUAAGUUGUGUGAAAAUGAGACCUUCCUGAACAUAUUGUAUGAUUUCCUGAAUCAGGAAAAGCCUCUUAAUCCUUUACUUGCCAGUUUCUUCAGCAAAACUGUCAGCAGUCUCAUUGCUAGAAAAACAGAACAGCUGAUUGCUUUUUUGCGAAAAAAGGAUGGGUUUAUUACCUUGGUGCUGAACCACAUAAAUACAUCUGCCAUUAUGGACCUGCUGCUACGCUUGGUGACGUGUGUGGAACCGGCACCUCUACGGCAAGAAGUCCUUAAUUGGCUUAAUGAAGAGAAGUUGAUUCAGAGAUUAAUUGAUCUGAUUGCCUUGGGCCAGGACGAGGAUGGUCAGUCGAAUGCUUCUCAGACACUGUGUGACAUCAUCCGACUGAGCAGGGACCAGAGCAGCCAGCUGCAGGACACGCCAGAGCCAGAUCCCCUCCUCACUGUGCUCGAAUCGCAGGAAAGUAUAAAUCAGCUCCUGAAGAAUAUGUUUGACCAAGAGAGGACGGAGAGCUGCAUUGUAAACGGAACUCAAGUGCUUCUAACCUUAUUGGAGACCAGACGACUGGGAGUGGAAGGUCUAAUGGACUCAUGUGCUCAGGGAAUAGACCGAUCUUACACUAUCAACAGUAACAUUUUGCAUAGCAUUGAACAACGGCUAAAAGACUUCCACCAUCUGCUGCAAUGCCCUCCUAAGAAAAGUAAAAUCUUGACGACAAUUGGUGUCUUGGAGGAGCCUUUGGGUAAUGCACGUCUUCAUGUAGCCCGACUUAUUGCUGCACUUCUACAGACAAACACAGCUAGUAUUAAUCAGGAACUGUGUAGGCUAAACACCAUGGACUUAUUACUUGACUUAUUUUUUAGAUAUACGUGGAAUAACUUUUUGCACUUACAAGUAGAGUUAUGUAUACUUGCAAUACUGGGCCAUUCUUCACAAGAAGAAAAGACUGUUGUGAACAAUAUUGAGGCAAAAGAUGAGGUGGUGAAUGAAAUGCAGAAUUCCAAGUCUGCAGUAAAUUUAGACUCCUCGCAGAGUGUCAUGGUAACACAUAUUUUUCAAAAAUGCUGCCUGGUUCAGAGAAUACUCGAUGCAUGGGAAGUAAAUGAUAAGAUACAGGCAGAAGGUGGCAUGCGAAGAGGAAACAUGGGCCAUCUCACCAGGAUAGCCAAUGCUGUGGUACAGAACAUGGAAAAGGGUCCUGUCCAAGCACAAAUAGAAGAGCUUAUAAAAGAAUUGCCAGAAGACUGCAGAGGGAGAUGGGAAAGUUUUGUUGGAGAGACUUUAACAGAAACAAACCGAAGAAAUACUGUUGACUUGGUGAGUACGCAUGCUUUACAUUGUUCAAGUGAAGAAGAAGAUAUGGAGAGCCCUUUCCCGAAUGAACUGUCAUUACAGCAGACUUUCACAGAGUACCAAAUUCAGCAAAUGACUGCCAAUUUUGUUGAUCAGUUUGGGUUUAAUGAUGAAGAGUUUGCAGAGCAGGAUGACAACAUCAAUGCUCCCUUUGACAGGAUUGCAGAGAUAAAUUUCAACAUGGAUGCAGAUGAUGACAGUCCGAGUGCCUCUCUCUUUGAAGCCUGUUGUAAUGAGCGGAUCCAGCCAUUUGAUGAUAAUGAAGAUGAUGAAGACAUUUGGGAGGAGAAAGAAAUCAAUUAUGCAGCUCAGGUGAAAUCAAGAACGAGGUUUGGGGUGUCACAGACCUCAGAAAGUUCAUCAAAGAGCGACAUAGAGAGUGGUGAGCAGGAUGGCAGUAUCGACUCUGAAGAUGAGGAGGAAGAGGAAAUGGAAGUAUCAGUCACACCUGCUGAAGAAAAUAGCAACAAGAAUAAUCCUACAGAGCAGAAAGAAACUAAUAGCUGUGAAGGUCCUAACUGGACAGCAAAUUUUGAAGAGACAGUCAACUCCAAACCACCUGUCCCUUGUGUAGCAAUGGAUGUGGGGUCCAGUGUGUGGGAUACAGUGACACCAGAAGCUGUUGUCCCUGAAGACAAAGGAUGGGCUAAGUUUACAGAUUUUCAGCCCUUCUGCUGUUCAGAGUCUGGCCCACGGUGUAGUUCUCCUGUGGAUACUGAAAGCAGCGCAUCUGAUGGAAACCCAAAGCAAAGUCAGGAUAAGAACUUUAGUGCAGUAUCACCUUGUGCUUGGAAUGUUUGUGUGGCUAGAAAAGCACCAUUAGUUGCCUCUGACAGCAGUUCAUCUGGUGGUUCUGACAGUGAUGAUGAGGAAGACAAAACAGACAUAGUCACAGAGAUCAUCACCACAGGAUCGGUGCAUGAAACUAUUAAGCUCACAAUGGAUGCCAAGAAUGAAAAGGCUGUUUUCACCAGAAUAUUUAGGCCUGCAGUUCGAGGUGAUGCCGACUGCAUGGUUAUAGACAAGCUCACCAUUUCAGAUGUACCCCACAUAGUUUCUGAAUCUUUAAAUAGUGUGAAUGAACCUUCCCAUGAAACACAGCAGUCUACAGCAACCGACAGCACAGCAACAGAGGUCGCUUCUAAAGACAGAAGUCAAGAAGAGGUGAUACUGUCCAGUGAAGCAACAUUAAACGGCCCAGCUUGAUGAUGACCUGUGGUUUUUGGUUCUCUACAGUUUGGCCAGUUGAAGCAAAUUAAAGCUAACUUUGUGAUGCAAUUAGUGUUUUUAUAAGUGCAGCAUUCACAUGGAAACUGGAACUUGGACCAGUUCAUAUAGACACAAAAUGUGAUCCGAAAACUAUUUUUUAGCAAAUGUGUAAAAAUGGAUUGUAUUGUCUCUAAUGUAGCAUUGGACAUCCAUCUCUCAGGAUUGGCCAUUUCUCCUUCAUCUAGAGAGGAUUCAACGUUUGUCUCUGGCCAGUCAUUGUCUUAGUAUCUUCCACAUGAUGCCCUGCAGUAUUCAUUUACCUGGAUGGUAACAAGCCCAAUGAUGGAACCCUGGACAUUGGGUAGCAAGAAGCCCUGUCAUACUGUGGUAUCCAGUGGAUGUCUGUGUGUCCUAGCACUUGCACCGCUUCUGAUAGCAAUAAGCCUUAUUGUUGGGUGGGGUGGUCUGGUUAUAUAAUAGCUGCAAGCGGAUGAACUUGCAUUAACUGUUUUGUGUGAUCAGUGCUGUCCUGCUGUAAUAUUUGUUUUGGCAGAACAGCCAGUUACUGGAUUUGUGCUGCCAAGUAAGCCUGCAGUAAGGAGUCACUUGUUAGUUAAUCAGAAUAGCUGCUUACUCCCAAGUUGAUUAACUGACAGUUAAAUCUCUUAGCCCAUUUCAGUAUAGAGAGAGGACAGAGUGUGUGUGCGUGCUCAUGGCUGUUUUCAUAUUUUACGACUUGUCUUCAUUAGUACCAGAACGUCAAAUUAUAUGUUAUUGCUGGUAUUACACACACUGGCCCUGCUAGAACUGAUUAGAUCUUCCUACUUAUUCUUAUACUUUUAAUUGCUGACCUGAAACUUCAUUAUUGGAACAUUUCUGCAGCUCAGGCUGUAGGAUUUUCCUUGACUCUGUGAGGCCCAUCAUCGCAUCUGAUUUUGUGAAGGCCAGAAUUGCUGUAUGAUGUCAUUAACUAUCUGAAUAUCACAAGGCUGUUUUGUUUGCAUGGCUUCUGUUACGCUUACUGUAGCCAACAUGAGUACUUUGUCAGUACAGGUGCUGCAGUGAAGAUAACAGCUAGCAUGGUGACAAAAAUCAUUAUUGUGAGUUGCAGAAACACUUUCAGGACCAUACAGACUUUGGAAAGAAGUUGUUAAAUUGAAAUUAUCUGGGAACUCUAUGCCAAUUCCAUGCUUUUGCCAUCAAGAAAUGUAACAUUCAUUGAAAUGUAGGAGCAAAUAUUUUUUCUGUGUGCUAGAUCCUGAUAUUCAUUUAAAUUAUGUAUCUCUCUAUUCAUUUUAACUGUUUGGGCAAGCUUUUACCUGCACUACUAAUCAUUUGAGUUUGGAAGGGAGGCAAGACUGGUUUUGUAUGUGGAUAGUUCUCUGUACUGGCAUAGGGUUGCAUUCCCCAAAGCAGUACUGACCAAGCUGGCCUUGUUGGUACAGUGUGCAGUGAAUUAUGUGAAGAUGGGACUUGUACAGACCUGAAAUCUUUGCUUUAACUUUUUCUGUACUAGAUGUUUGUGAGUUGAAAAGACUGCAUAACAUUGUACAAUGCCCCCAGCAGUUUCCAUUAUCAUUGUUGUCCGUGUUGCAUCCUGGUACCAUAAAUAUUGUUUUUAAUGAA